CACUGUGAGAGUAAUUCAUUAAAUCACCAUUAAUAAAAUAUUUAAUUGUUACUUUCAAAUAAUCAUAUUUGUUGUCGAUAAAGUAGAACACUUUAUGUUACCGACGUUACGUAAGCUGUUAAUUACAUAACCUCACUUUUUUUGACAUGAAAAACCACUUAUGUAAACAAAAUAAUUAUUACAAUGUUUAAGGAUUGUUUUAAAUAUUACAAAUCUCGAAAUCCUCCUCCUGAUCUAGAUAAAGUUUUUGAUUUUAGCAACAGUGAGAAAUUUUCAUCGAAAAUUAGGCGAAUUAAUGCGGAAAACAUCAGCAAUUCUGUCAGCAAUUUUGGCUUAAAGCCUGCUAAAACUUGGGAAAUUUACGAAUUAAUUGAGCAUCCUGGAUUAAUUUUUAUUAAAAAUCCUUUCACUAGUAUUGGUCAGAGGUACUGGGUGGUGCGUUGCUUGCAGGACUAUUCAAAGCGUCCAAAUAAAACAAACUUAGAUGAUUUAAAUUUGAUACCUGAAGGCAAGGAAUGGUGGGACGUUUGCCAGAACAAUAAUAACAAAAUAUUAAUGAAUAAGUUGCGAUGGGUGACGUUGGGUUAUCACCACGAUUGGGAUAGCAAAGUCUACACUGAGGAGAAUAAAGGAGAGUUUCCGAAAGAUUUAGCAGAUUUGAGUAGAUUUAUAGCAGAAUCACUUAACUUUUUGCAUUUUAACGCUGAAGCGGCAAUUGUGAAUUAUUACCACAUGGACUCAACUUUAUCAGGGCAUACUGACCACUCCGAACACAAUUUAAGAGCUCCCUUAAUCUCGUUUAGCUUUGGCCAAACUGCGAUUUUUUUACUAGGGGGCAAGAGUAAAGAGGAGGAGCCUUCCGCUAUGUUUCUACGAAGUGGCGAUAUUGUAAUAAUGAGUGAGGAAUCAAGGCUGUGCUACCACGGUGUUCCUAAAAUUUUACAAAUGGAUUCGAGGUUUUGGAACUGUUUUGAAGAAACCGAUUUUGCUAAUGAUUAUAAAAAUGUUGUUAAUAUUUGUAAAGAGGAAACGUUGUGGAAGCCUUUUGGCGACUAUUUGAAUAAUUCGAGGAUUAAUAUUAAUGUGAGACAGGUGUUGCAAAGGGGCCAGAAACGCCUUUGUAGCGAAUCUGACGAAAAAACGUGAAAUAAAAGUCAAAAAUCAAACACGA